UUGAUAAUAACAAAAUAAAAAAAGAUGAAUUUCUGUAACAUUGCAAUUUCCCUACACGAUUCACUGGUGAACAUGCAUAACGAUCAAUAAGUGAUGACGAUGCAUUGGGAAAACUACUGAAAUCAGGCAAGCUGGCAUUGGACACGGUCGAUCGAUGUGGGCAAACGCUGUGAACCUGCACAUAUACAACUAUCUCAGCCAUAUGGCCAAAAUCAUGGCUGGGUCCUCUUAAUAGUAGGUUUAGAAGAAUGACAACAGAAAGGGAUAUCAGUAAGGAAGGAGCGGCAAUCGAUGCUGCAGAUUGUGACAGAGACAGUUUGGAAGAUUUAACUUUUGCCGCGGUGGAUGAUGCGAAAGGGUCAAAAGAAACAAAAGAACAGCAAGAUGUUGCAAGUCAUAAAUUCGAGUGCGUCAAUGACAUUGUUCCUAUCAGUUGUGAAGCACAUGCUAAUGGUGACGACACCGACCAUUCAAGUAAGUCUACAAACAGUACUGGAGGGAGUCUAGAAAGCAUUGAAAGUAACGCAUCAAGAAAUCUGGACAAACACACUUUAAAAGAGGGGGAUUUUAAGAAGUUUUUCUCCGAGUCACAUCAUCCUUCCAAGUUGUUUGAUCACAAAAUCAGCAGACGUCGUACCAUUGCUGGUGUCACUGCCAUUCCAAAAGCAGGUUCAACUAAAGAUCUUUAUAGGCAGACCUUGGAAUUUGGACGACAUAUCCCUUUGAAACCUCUUGGGAAUACAUCCAGAUCUGACGAACAUCCAAGGGAGACGGUAUCAAGUAGACUGAGAUUCGCCAAAGGUCACGUGUCUCAUGACCUACAGGAGUGUGACGGCAAAACGUAUGUCACUCCAACACAGCGCAAGGAGAUGGAAAUGAAGACACUUAAAGGGGAAAUAAAACAACUGAAGAAAGAUGUCGCUGAACGAGUGGAAGAAAUCGACUUGCUGAAGAAAAACCUCGAUAAGGAAGCGGCAGAUAUCAUUGAGAGUAAAGAUCUCAAAAUUCAGGAAAUUCGGGCUGAACUGAAAACCAUGACGUCGUGUCAGGAUGAGCUGAAGGUUUCAUAUGAUGAAUCUUUACAAAAGAUUUCCUCUCUUGAAAAGACUGUAAAUGAACUUAAGGCUGCAAUAGCUGAAAAUGAUAAAAAGAAUGGACAGAUAUACUAUGAAAUGUAUCGGAAAGGCCAAGAAUCAGCAAAAUUUGAAAGGAAUUUCGAGAUUGAAAGACUAGCAGCCAUAUCCGGGAAAUCUACGUCUGUAACGACUCGGGAGCUUUUAGAAAAACUGAUGAACACCGAAACGGAGCUGGCCAAAUGGCAGUCCUUCCGGCGACAGGAAUCCUACGAACAGGCUGACCGACCGGAAACAGAGGCGGCGGCCAUUUUACGGUUCCUGAAGGACUCGUUCUACCAUUACAUCACUGACCAGAAACAGUCUGACAACCAUCUCCGGGCCAUGAUCCGCAUAUUUAAUUUCACUGAACCACAGAAGAAGAGGAUAGCUAGUGCAAUUGCUGAACGUAUCAACAAAAAGAACAGUUUGUAGAGAUGUAGAGAGAAGAGUGCAUUGAUAGUAGUUGCAUUUUUAAGAGACGCCGAUCAAUCUGAUAUGAGAUUAAUAUUGCUGUUAAAGAGACAUGAUCAGUGAUUUUGUGUCAUCUUACAGUUUGCAAACAUUUACAUAUAAAUAGUAUCUUUGAACGUUAUUUUUUUUUUAUCUAAAACUACGUUCAUUUUUCUUGUUUUGUUGAUAAAAUGUACCUUGUACAUGUACAUAAAGGAGAAAAAAAUCCAGAUAAGUUCAUAUGAAGAAUAAUAACCAUUCCUAUAAAUUUGGUAAGUAUAAUUUUAUCCAUACAAAACUUCUGAGCAAACUUGCAGAGUUGUUCAUCCGGGUCUUUCUUGUUCGUUUCUAGAAGAUGCAAUUCGCUGUAGAUCUUGUACAUGUAUGUAAGCCCUGCACUUCAAGUUGACAAAAAAGGCGUCGUCUGAUAGGCCUAUUUGACCUCUAUUCAUUCUUUUGGACAAAUGUAAGUUCAUGGUGUAAUAAAUAGAGUAAUUUCUAAUUAAUGCACGUACAUGCAUUAUUUUUUGUUAGUAAUCUAGGAGCAUAUUUAGAUAUACACUCCAGUUUGUUGGAUUGGUUGUUCAUUGGCAUUAAUUAUAACAAUAAAUAUCU